AAUGUUCGGAGGGAUGGAGUAUUCUGACAGAUGAGCACCUUGGUAUUUAAGAGCGGGUCGGCAUGCCGAAUGUCAUCAGUUAACUCGAGAUCACCGCAACGGGAACAUCUCCACAAGUGCAGUGUUCCAUUUGGACGGUCAGAGCUAAGGGCCUUACAGUCCAUCAAUUUACCAAGCACAAUAUGCGCGCUUUUGUGGUACUCGCCUGCGUGGCGCUGGCCUACGGCCGGCCCGAGCCCCCGGUCGGCUAUAGCUACUCGGCCCCCGCCCGCGCACCGUCCGGCAGUUAUGGAGCUCCUUCCCACGGAGGACACUCUAGCGGAGGGAUCUCUCUAGGUGGCCAUUCAGGAGGUCUGUCGUUUGGCGGCGGUCAUUCUGGAGGUCUUUCGUUCGGCGGUGGCCACUCGUCUGGAGGACACUCACUCGGUGGCGGCAGCAUCGGCGGUGGCUCAUUCGGCGGUGACUCCGGUUUCGGUGGUGGCUACGCCGGCGGCUACUCCGGUGCUCCUUUGGUUCAAAAGCACAUCUACGUCCAUGUUCCUCCUCCAGAACCCGUCGAGCACCACGCUCCCAGGAUUUCUCCGGUGGCUCCUCCUCAGAAACACUACAAAAUCAUUUUCAUCAAGGCCCCGACUCCCCCCACCCCCACCGCUCCCAUUAUUCCCGUGCAGCCUCAGAACGAAGAGAAGACCCUGGUUUACGUAUUGGUUAAGAAACCCGAAGAACAACCCGACAUCGUCAUCCCCACCCCGGCCCCGACCCAGCCUUCCAAACCCGAGGUUUACUUCAUCAAAUAUCAAACCCAGAAGGAAUCUGGUGGCAUCGGUGGUGGUGCUAUCGGCGGCGGUGCUAUUGGCGGUGGUCUUGGCGGUGGUCUUGGCGGUGGUCUUGGCGGUGGCAUCAGCGGAGGUGACUUGGAAGGCAUCGCUAUCCCCAGUGCCGACGCCGGCAUCGGCGGCGGCAGCGGCCAUGGUGGGGCUAACAUCGGCGCUGACUUUGGCGCCACCGGUGGUGACGACAGUGGAUCCGACGGUGGUCACGGCGGUCACAGUGGUCAGGGUGGUGCUACCAGCUCUCAAUAUGGUCCUCCUGGUCAUGUAGCUGGCCCCCUUCAUUAAAUAUAGAAUAAAUAUAAAAAACGAGUGGUAGCCAGUUCAAAACAUCCUAUUUAUUUAAAUCAUGUAUUUAGGUACAGUGCUAAUAAUACUCGUAGUUUACAAGCAAUGGUGAUUCGAAUUACGUCUACAAGUGAUGAACUGUGCCUGCCACCGCUAUCUGGCUGCCGAACGCUUUGUACAUAGUCUUCCCGUGUUCGUAUGUGAGAUAGUAGCAACGAGACGUAAGUAUAACUGUCUCAUCGCAUCUCAUUGUCAACUUGUUAUUAGUGCACAGUGUUACUGUUACGUUUUGUAUGAUAAAUAUAGUAUUUUUAUUUUUUAUUAAAAAAUGUCAAUGCAA